CAAAGCAAACGUGACGCAACUCCUCAAAAUGAACAAAAUUCUUAUUAGACUAGUGAUUCUUUCAACCAUCGGAGUUCUGAGUCAAACUUCAUGGAACAACAUCCCAGAAGAUGCUACGAUGACCUUCACUCAGCUAGCUAACAAGUAUGGCUACAAAGCUGAAGAACAUGACGUCAUCUCUGGGGGCGGGUAUAUCCUGACGCUGUUCCAUAUCCCUGGAGACAGACAUCGGCCGGUACUCCUCAUUCACGGCGCCCUCGACUCCGCUGACAGCUUCAUAAUGCGGGGCAACACGUCACUCGUCAUCGCGUUAGCAAGAGACAAGUACGACGUGUGGGUCAUGAACUACCGAGGGAACAAAUACGCGCGGCGACACACCACCUUGGACCCCGACUCUAACAACGAGUUCUGGGACUUCAGUCUCCAGGAAAUAGGAUACUAUGACAUACCAGCUAACAUAGACUAUGUUCUGAAGAAAACUGGUGAAGAAAGAUUAAGUGUGAUCGGAUUCUCACAGGGGACUGUGUCUACGUACCUUCUAGGAGCGACACGGCCCGAAUACAACGAUAAGAUUAAGAUCUUCAUAUCGCUGGCUCCUGUCUGUUUCCUACAAAACACGAAGCCUCUAAUGUCGGUAGUCCUAAACCUCGCACCGUUACUGAACGUCGCACUGGAAUCGAUCAACACCAACGAAUUAUUUGGUCAAAAUACUACGUUACGUGCUUUACUUAACGAAGUGUGCUCUCCGAAAGUUGGUUACGAAGUGUGUUUGGUAAACGGACUGUUCCAUCUGACCGGCGCUGAUGUUAAUGAAAUAGAGCCAGAGUUUUACCCUGUCGUCUUAGGACACUUCCCGGCCGGAACGUCGAGGAAGAACCUGAACCAUUUUGUGCAGAUAAGUUCGAGCGGGAAGUUUAGGGACUACGACUACGGUAUGUUGAAGAACAUGGAAAAGUACAAGAGGCUGACACCCCCCAAAUAUGACUUGAGCAAAGUGACUAUGAAGGUUGCAUUGAUUGCAGCCAAGAACGACAAGAUAUCCACGCUCGAGGAUGUUGAGCUUAUAAGGAAAGAGUUGCCGAAUGUAGUGGACUAUACGGUGAUGAAGAGUGAUUUGUUUAACCACGUGGACUAUAUUUGGGGCAGGACUGCAUACAAGACAUUGUUCCCACAUAUAUUCCGGCUUUUAAACAAAUAUAAUAAAUGAUGUUUAGUGUUGUUAGACUGCUGAAGUGUUGAACUUUGUUUGUG